AUGAAUAAAUCUGGAUACAGAGAUGGUAAGUUUUUUAGUUUAAAUACAAAAUAAAUAAAUUUUACUUUAUAUAUUACAUGAUACUAAAGACUAUAUAUUAUUACUCUUAAUUAUAAUAAUAGAAUUUAUUUCCGUACAAUACACUAAAUAAAUAAAUAAUUAUAAUUUAAGUUUAUAGUUUUUAAUGCGUUGUGCUAUAUUAUGUUAUAAUAAUAUAUCACAUAAUAAUAAUAAUAAUAUAAUAUUCACAUAAUUUAACAUUUUAAAUGCCAAUUAAUAGCUUUAAAAUCGUCAGAAUGUUUUGAAAAUUGUACUAUCUACAUCAAUAUUAAGAAAAAACACAAAACUUAAAGUUAUUUUCAACUGAAUUAUGAUAAAAAGAACAAAAUCGAAAAUAAGAGAAACCGUGAUUGUGUCAAUUUUACAUUUUUCUGAUAUUUUCUUCUGGUUUUCUAUAAUUUUUAAGAAAACCAUAAAGAAAAUAAAAAAUUGACUUUUUCGUCUAAAAUAAGUAACUAUUUUAAGGUACCACCUUUUAAUUCAAGAAAUAAUCCUCCCUUUUCUGACGUACUGACUUUGGUCCAUGGUAACUGCAGAGUAUCAAUAUUUAAUUUUUGUUUUGAUUUGGUUGUUGGAUUAAAAGAUUAUUGUAUUGAAAUGAUUUUACAUAAAUAGUUUAUUAAUUAUACAAGUAACAUCUGUAUUCAUGCCUCUCUUAGGGUGUUAAAUAAAAUAAAAUAAAUAAAUUUGUUCAGACUGACAGCCGACAAUGGCGAACUUGUGUGUGUAUGUAUUAUCAACAUAAAUACAUAUUACAAUGCAAUAAAAUAUGCUUACAUAACAAUAUUAUGAUUUUAUAACAUAAAUUUAAUGUGUAUACUACAUAAUUUAAAUUUGUUUGACAUCAAGGUCGUUUUAAUAAAUGUAAAGCCAUUAAGAAAAGUAAGUUUAAAAGGAAAUUAAAUAAUCUAUAACUUACGUAUCUAAAUCUAAUCUAGCUAUUGUUAUAAUUUAUUACGCGAAUAUGUUUGAUUCGUGAUUUAUAAUAUUUAAAAUAUUGGAUAUCAUAGUCUCUAGAAUUCCUAUUAUCAUAUCAUUUAGAAUGUUUUUGUUUGUGGACGAUUUACUGCGAUAUAUUAUUAUACCUAUGUUAGUGACGUAGCUAGGAUUUCUUAUUGGAUAAAAAAAAUUAUAUAUUUAUCUCAUAUGAACGUUAAAUUUUUAAGGAAAACGCAAUAUAGCAACAUUAGCCGUAUGUCUAUCUAAUGAGCAAUAUAGCUAAAGUAUGUCUUUGUACUUCCAAUAGUACUUAUUCAAGAUCUAUAUUGAACUUAAAACAAAAACUAUUUACCAAAUUACAUUUCAAAAUGUACUACAUCCUUUAUUUUUAGCUUUCAUAGGCCAUUUAAGCCUUUUUUAAUUAUCUGUUUUACCAAGCUUUUCCAGAGCUGUUUUUGCAUCUUCUAUUUGUGUUAUUUCAUCUACUGAUUCAAAUGUCUGUUUACUGAAUCCAGCAAUUGUCAUUACAAUCUUCUUGGGCCAUAUUUUAUUUUGUUUAGUAACUAGUGCUUGACGCUUAUCUCAUUAAAUCCUUAUCUCGCCAUAUGCCCUCCCCCCAUAUGUGACCUAACCAGUCUAUUUCAGUAUUUUUGAGAUAAGACACAUUUGAAUAGUUGGUUGAUUGAAGAUUCGCUCAAUAUCUACGUUCGUUCCUCCUUUUUACUGCCCCGUUCUCGUAUUAUAUAUGGUUCCAAAGCCUCCUAAAAACUUUCCAUUUAAUAGCUAGCAACAUUAGCUCAUCCAUUUAGUUGUUGUCCAAAUUUAGAUUAACACCUAAGUACUUGACAUUUUCUAUUUUUUCAAAUGCAUAUUUCCCUGAGGAGAUAUUUUGAAAAAAAAACAUUUUCUGUCUACUCUUGAUCAUAUAAUACUUUGUUUCGAUCUCGUUUAUAUUAAUGCUACUUACCUUCUUAAUUCAUGAAAUAUUAAUAGAAAAUACUGAAAAAUAUACAUUAAUAUUAAUGUAUCUUUGAUAUCGCAGAUAGGUUAUUGAACUGUUCAAAAUUAUUUUCAUUAUAAUACUGUCUAGUGAACUCUCUUUUAUUCUGGGUGGUGAAGGAGAAGAAGAUUAAUUAUUAUAUUUUAUCAAUGUAUUAAUUACGUUCAGUUUGUUUUUUUUUAAUUGUAAAAUCUUGUUUUUAUUAUUUUUGAGUUGUGAUGGUUUUAAAUUGUUUGUACUUGGCCUGUUUUUGAAAAUAAAGUUUAUUUUAUAUCACUAAAUUCAUAUUGUAUUUAUUUUUUUCAGCGAAAACAACUCUUGAUUUACUUAGAGCUGAACACAUGAGUAAGUUGUAUUAUUUUGUAACCACGAAUAAUUACAUUAUAUCGUGUACAGUAUAUCGUGUUUUGAUAUACUUGAUUCUUAAAGUCAUUAGAGAUUUAAGUAUAAAUAUUUUUUUAGCAUUCAUAGUGGAUUAAUCUACAAAAAAAUACAUAUUAGCAUAGCUAAUAUGGUUUAUAAUCAGAAAUAUAACAAAUAACAAAAUAGUUACACUUCCGAAAUGCUUAAAGGAAUAAAAGAUUUUCCAAUGUAAAAAAAAUAUGUUUUUAUUACCAUGUAUGUUUUAAAUGCAUUUAAAACAGUUAAAUGUAGAAAGAGGACAUAUUCAAAAGUUUAAAAUGGCUGUUAAUAUUCAUAUUGAAUUUUAGAAAAUAUCGGGAUAGCUAAUUUCUAAAAAUAUGGAUAAUAAUGCGAUUUACUCAUUUGUAUGCCUUGUAACGAAACGGAACGUUUCGUUUAAUAGCGCCGGUAAUGAAACCGAGAAAUUUAUAUUACAGCGUCUGCGCGCCGAAACGUAAUCAACUGGCGGAGCGAAACCGCACUAGUCGAACUACAACGCACACCACAUAACCCCAAGCGACACCAGCAGAGCGCUCUUUUUCCUCUACCUAUUUACGGUGGAACCUUUUUUUCAGCUCGACAAAAUCAAAGGAAUAAUGAACCAUACGAAAUCGCAGCAACAAUAAAAUCCCGGAAAAUAACAAAAGCUACCACCACUAAAAAUAUGAGAUAUCCCGAUUUAAUAUUGAAAAAAUGGGCGUUUUGUUGUUCUUGUUUUCGCCUAGGUAAUACGGUCGGAAUUAUACUAUCGUGGAUAUAUUCAGGUGGGAUAAUCCACCGGAUCGUUCUCAAACUUGCCAUUCUCAUUUCGUAAGGGACGGCAUUCGGUGUACUCUGUGUAAAAUAAAAUUUAUACGUAAAACUUAAAUGAGUUAAAAAGUUUAAAGCACAUAUUUCAUAGAUUAGUGGUUUUCAACGUAUACGUCGUGGUUCAUUAUUAAGGACGUAUCAUAUGAAUAAAUAAAUUAAAGACGUGUACUCAAGAAGGUUGAAAACCACCGAUAUUAAGUAUAUGAUUGUGUGAAAUCAAUAUUUAAAAUAAAAAUAGCUGUCGUGUUUAUAACCAACAAACCACUGUAGUGUAUUAUACGUCCAGUCAAUCUGCUUUACAAUCUUGUCUAGACACUUUUCUAUGCCUUCUGUAAAAUUAAGUUCUAGGGGUCCCUUUUCUGCAAAUUUCAUUAAUAGUGAUUCAUAUAUUCUCUUACAAGGUUACACACUUUUUUUAAUUUUACAUUUUAAAACUAAGGGGGUAUAAAUAAUAAGUGAUAAAGAAAUAAGAGAACCAUAAAAUAAUAAAUAACAAAAUUCAUUUGUACUAUUUAUAUAUUAUAAUUACACAGUGUUCAUGUUAAAAUUGUUUGAAUUUAUAUAUUGCAAUAGGGUGUAAAAAGGAAAAAUUGCUUACUUUAACUGUAGUGUAGCCACAAAAUAAUCGUUACCUAACCCCGCCGUACCUGUACCAAAGUUCUGAGCACGCCCAUGGCAUAACGAAAAUACUUAAAAAUACAUAUUUAUUUACAAAUAUAUAAAAAUACAAAUGACAUCUCAUUUUCAGCAUGCGCUUUAUCAUUUUCUGAAAAAUAUCAUUUUGGAAUGACGUUUCGUAAGUACUAUUAAAAGUUCAUAGUUUAUACUUAGUAAACAUUUAUAAUUGAAACCGUUAAUGCAACGGCGUACUGUAAUAAUAUUUGUCUGUUCUUUCUAUAAUAUAUCACGUUAAAAAAACGCAAAUAUAAGUUUCCUGUCAAAAUUUCAAGUCAUUACAAAUCUUUUUAACAGAAUUAGAAAAAAAAAAUUGAAUACAUUGAAACUUAUAAUUCCUUAAAUUUUCUUAAACUUUCCCGUUCUUUCUACGUUUUUCUCAGGUUUUACACUGAAAACGGAUGAUGCGUGUUAUUUAACUAAUUUAAAUAAAUCUCAACUGCAAUAUAAUAACUACAUUUUCCCCAAUUAAAAAAGCAUGAGCUCUCACAAUGGCCAUACAGAAAAAAAAAAACAGGAAUAACUGAAUUUUUUAUUUUGAUAUCUAUUUCUAAUCUCUUGUUAAAAUGUUUGCAAUAUUAAGUAUACUAUAAUAUUUUCAAAAUUAUUGUUAAUGUUUAACGUUACUACGAUAUUAUUGUUAAUUAAAUUUUUUAAUUGUAUACACAGCUUCAUGUAAGUACACUAUAAAUUCUAUAGAGAUAGAUAAAUAAAUAAAGCUGUUAUCUCUUAUCAUUUAUUCAAUCAAUUUAUUUUUUCUCUAGUCGGAUAUCGAGAUUUAGAAGUUUGGUGUGAAAAUGAAUGUAUAUAAAUAUAAUGCAAUACCUAUACUAUAAUAAUUAUUAUUCAAGUUAUAGAUUUUUUUAUUAAUUAUGUUUUAUUGUAAUGGUGGAUGUCCACGAAGAGUACCCAUUGCAAUAUCUCCUUAGAUAAUUAAGAUAGUCAAAUUCUAUUUUUUUUUUCUAUUAUUAUUUUAAAUUACUCACAGAAAAAAGGAUUACAACUAUUUAUAUUUUAAUUACAUUUUUAUGUUUUGGUAAAGAAAUAAAAAAAUAAUUUUUUUUAUUAUAUUAUUUUCAAAAAAAAAGAAGUCAGAUAUUUUAUAAAGUGUAUUUUUUAUAAUUUUUUAAGGUUCAGAGAAAAAAGUAUACACUCAAUGUUAACAAUAAUAAUAAUAAUAAUGAAAUAUUAUUUCAAAUAUUAUGCCAAUUAACUGUAGUUAUGCAGCAAAUUAUAAUUACAUUUGCUAUUUGACUAUUAUUAUUAUUAUUAUUGUACACUAAAAAAGCUGUCUUAAUUAUUUUUUGAAAUUAAUUAAAUAAAAUAAUUUUUUUACUAAAACAUAAAAAUUAAAUUUCAAUGAACCAUUGCUAGCGAAAAACAAUUCGGAGCGAAAUUGGGUUUAGUUAAAUGUUAUUGAGACCGUUAUAUUUACAGUUUUCGUCAAAAUAUGUUAUUCUAACUCUUAUAUAAAACCGCUUAUAUAUAAUACCACUUAACCUUUUUUUUUUACCACUAAAUACGACCAAUAAUGAACUUCUUGUCAAAUUUUCAAGCAAUUCUGUUUAGUAUACAAAUUUCAUCCACAGAGUACCUACCAAAUAAAAAUUACAUAGAAUUGUAUACAACUUAAAUAUCUUUAAAUAGCUCAAAAAUGGUUCGAACGUUUUUUUUUUAAAUUUCACCACGUUUAGAAAAAGUAAAUACGAGUUUCGCGUCAAAAUUCCAAGUCUCUUUUAAUAUUUUUAACUGAAUUACAACAAAAAACAAAAUUAAAAAAAAAAAUAAAACCGUUAUAUUCAAUAAAAUAAUUAAGUAAAAUUAAAUUAUUAAAUUAGUUAGUACCCGUAAAUAAAUACAGUAAAAAAUAUAAAUAUAAAUAAAAAAUGAAUAAAUGCGUCGCCUGGAGGAUUUUGAUAAGUGUAUUAUACGACCGGUUUCGAAUUAAAAAUUAUUUAUCACAGUCAAAAUGUAAAACGUGACAAUAAUUCAUUAUAUGCGUGAAUUUUCGCAUUAACUUGCUACAUUUUUUUCGGUUUUACUCAACUAUUAAAAAAUUUAUAAGAAAAAUCAAAAACAACUUCGUUAGUCAUUAUAACCAAAUUAAAAAUUGAACCAAAAAGAUAUGUUGUCAUUUUUAUAUUGAAACAAUAUUUCUGCUAGAUAACAUAGUUCGUAAAAACUAAUCAAAUUCGAAACCAAAAAUUGAUUAUCUUUAUUAUCUUUUGAAAUAUUAUAAUGGUCAAUGGAUUUACCCAUUUUAUCUUGUACACUGUAUAAAAUUUAAAACUUAAAAAUGACGUCACAUUGUACACCUAAAUAAUAUUUUAUAUUAUUUAUAUACCUAAGAUUACUACAUAAUUACCUGUAAUUAAUUUACGUUUAAUAAAUAUAGAUAUUAUUGUAAAAUGUCUUAUUUGAUCUAAAAAUAAAAUAUUAAAUUAAAUUAAUACAUGUACGAUUUACAAAUUGUACAACUUACUCGCCAAAACGUAUUUAAAACAAUUUAAAUUAGUUUUAAUGGUUACAUUCGAAUAAUAUUUCGACCAAAUUGAGUCCCCGAUAAUGAUUUAUUUAAAAUUAUGUUUUUAUAUUUUUCGUCAACUUUUAUAGUCUGAGAACUGUUAGAACAAUUAAGUGGUAUACUUUAAAUUGGUCACAAUCUGUAAAAUAAAAUAAAUAAAAUUCAGUCAUAUUAAAAUGGUGUGGUUUAUAACAAUUAUAGCUAUAUUACAUUACCUGAUUCUACACCGUUUUACUCAUACACAAUAUUCAACGGAAAAAAAAAAAAAGAGUGCUUUAAGCGAACAAAUCGUAGAUGACGACAAUAUAGUUAAUAUAGAAAUGUAUGUCCUACAUUAGACAUAUAUCACAGAAAUAUAGAAAUAUGUUGUAUAGUUGAAAACUAUGUUUAGUCAGUUUGUUCAGUUGGAGAAAAGAAAACAAUAUUAUAUGCUGUUGACCUAGUCUGUAUUUAAAGCGUUUAAAGGUUUGACUAACAAUUUUACAAUAGUAAUGAACGAAAUAAUAAAAAUUUCUGUUAAUCAAUUUUGUUUUAUUCUUCAGUACAUAGAUCGUAAAGUUUUCAAGAUUUUAUUUGAAAAAUUAAAAAUGAUCUUUUUUAAAAGAAGUUUACAGUUAUGUGUUAUCAAAAUACUAAUGUUUUUUGUUUUCAAUAUCAAUCUAUUUAUAGUUUAUGGUAAUUUAUUCAUAUGUAUAUUAUUCCUAAAUUUAUGUAUAAAUAGUAUAUUAUCUGAGUUUUUCUAAAUUUAAAUGUUGAUUUUACUACUAAGAAGACGUGUUACCGCCGUUUGUCACACAAGCGAAACGACAUAGUAAAUUUACGUUCAACAAAGCCAAUUUUGUGCUGUUAGUUUUACUAAUAAAAUAAAUUGACCUAUUAUUAAACAUAAAAUUUAUCUAUCUAAUCAAUUUCGUUUUUAAAUAAUUACAUUUUUAAACAUUAUAUCUAUAAUAAUUUAAAAAUUUGAAUAUUUCACAUACUCAUAUCCCGUUGAAAAACUAAAAGAUCGAAUAAAAACCGACGACGAUAAAUAUAAAUAAUGAAAUCGCCUAGAAAUAAUUUUACACUACACUAUGGAAGUAUCGACAGCGUUUUCCAAUAUAGAAUAAAACUAUUCUUUUACCUCGUCAUAUUUUUUUACAGUCGGAAAUUUUAACCCACGCAGCAUUUUAGAAAUAAUAAUAUUUUAUAAAUAUUUUGAAGAGGUUAAAUAAUAAAUAUUUUACUAAUAAUAUUGUAUACGUAUUUUAUUCUUAUGAUAACAAAAUAUUUUGUUAUAUAUUUACAAAAAAGUUUUCUAAAUAUUUGUAAAACGUUUAAUUUUUUUUAUUUUGCAUUAUACUUAAACGUUUUCAGUUGGUUCUUAAUUGACAUUUUUAAGCAAAAGAAAUAAUUAUCUUGAAACUACUAUGUAGGAUCCGUUUACAAAUCGUGAAAACUCUGUGAUGGUUUUUGAAAGUAAUUGCACUUUUUCUGUUUAAGUUCCUAUUGAAAUGUUAUAUUUUAUUGAUUAUAGUAUAAUAUUAGUAUUCAAAGAGUUAACAAAGCUAGUAUAAAAUUGCAUGAUGCUAGAAACAUUAUUUUAUUAUUUUAUCAACAUUUUCUAACAGGUAAACAAGUAUCCAGUAAUAUUGGUAGCAGUAGUCAAGACAUCGAUGACGGUAAAUUUGAUAUUAUGUAGUGUUAUGCAUAUCAACAUUUUCGGAGAAAUGUUCUCUAUUUAAAUCUGUGUUUAAUUUGACGUUUAAAUUUAAAAAUAAAAGUUCUCUAAGGUAUUGAGAUUAAUGGGUACAAACUGAAAAUAAUUUUAAAUAAUGCGUUAACGGUUCCAUAAUUAUUGAUAAACCCAGAAUAAAAUCAUUGUUGUAAAUUCAUUAUUCAUUAAAUCAUUAUAAAUUCAAAUAUGGUUAUUAAAUGUAAACAUAAUACUAGCCAGUAUUAAAAAAUAGGUACCUAUUAAAGUAUAAGUAUUCAAAGAUUUUUAGAAAUGCCCUAUCAACUAUUUUCAAAUAAAAAAAAAGUGAACAUACUUUGUACGUGGAUACAAUCACUGUUGUAAGUGGGAAGUUGGGAAUGUAGGAUACAGAAGGGAAUUUAAUGUAUAUCUGUAAGCAACAAUAAACCAUUGCUAAUUAAAUAACGAUUCUGAACGAUGCUCGGUUGAUAGUGUUGCUUUGUCAACAAUAUAUAUGUCAUAGUAUAGUAAAAUAAUUAGAAAAAAGGCUAUCAUUGUAAAUCGGAGCGAAAUUGCUGGUGGAAAAAUUGUUCAAACAAAUAAAAUUGUAGUAAUAUUUUUUAACUAUUAUCUUCAUUUCGUACAUUUUGCUGAUUUUCCUCCAUUUUUUCCAAUUUAUUGGGAAAUCAAAAAAAUGACAUCCUUAAUAAGGUACCUAUCCAGUCAGAUUUCCUAUUAAAAAAAGUGCUAUCAUUGUAAAUAGGAGCAAAAUUGCUUGUAAAAAUAUUGUUCACAGAUAGAAAAAAAAAUACAUCAUUGUAAAACCAAUACAUUUAGAAACUAACUUAGAAUUUAAAAAAAAAAAACAUUUCGCCAAUCAAGUUAGCCAAAAAACGAUUUUGAGCGGAGUUCAAUUGAUAAUGAUACUUAAGUAUAGAAUAAUGAAAUAUAACAUAAAUAUUAAUAUUUAAAAGAAUGUAUUAAAAUCGAAAUGUAUAGUAUUUUAAUAUAGCUCAGUCUCUACUAUUGCUUUUUCAACAAUGUGCGUUUCCAUGACAAUAAUGAUUGUUUAAAAAAAGAUUUAAAAUAAUACAAUUUAAUGUUUUCCAAUUUUUACGUGUAGCACUUUUUCCAAAAGGAAAUUUGACUUAGGUGAUACUUUAAAAAAGGCCAUUUUUUGAUUUUCUCAAGGGUUUUCUCAUCAAAUUUGAAAAAAACUGAAAAAAAAAGAAGGGAAACCGGUAAAAUUUACGAAAUAUAUUAGUAAAAUAUUACGAUUUAUUUUUUCUGUUGAUAACUUUUCUAUCAGAAAUUUUGCUCUAAUUUAUAAUGAUAGCAAUGUUUCUAAAAGAAAAUUAUACUGGGAGCCUACUUUAAGGAGGUCAUUUUUCAAUUUUCCAAGAGUUUUUCAGGUAAAUGUGAAAAACCGGGGGAAAACACGAGAAAACCGAGAAAACCACAGGAAAAACGAGAAAAUUGGGACUUUAUCAUAUAAACAUCAUUAUAGAUAGUAUUUAAUAUCUAUUUAAUUAUUUUACCAUAAUAUGACAGAUAUAUUGUUGACAAAGUGUCAUUAUCAACUGAAUUCCGCUCAGAAUAGUUUUUUCUUAAGCAAUAGUUUUUUGUUGCUUACAGGUAUACAUUAAAUUACCUAUAACAGUGGCUACACCCGUUCCCAUUAUCAUAGGACGUCUUUUUAAUCUUUCAAUAUUUAUUAACCUAAAAAUUCGGUGUUUCUUAUCUGGAAUCUUAAUGAGAAUUUAAAAAAUAACUUCUCUAAAGUAUCACCCAGAAAACAUUCCCGUUCAAAAAAGGUGUGUCAAAACGAGAUAAAACUUAUGUUAAUACACCUAGCGCACCGUAACGGUUUUCUCUAUGCUGUAAUCCCUGCAACGCUACCGAAACGUAUGCCGUUAGAACGCAGUGCGUGCCAAUCUAUUUUACGCUCAGUGGGCAUUAUUAAUUAAUGCGCACACCAGAUACAAAAUACUAUCAUUUUAUACAUCAACAUUAAGAGGCUCAUUACUUUAUUAUAAUAAUCCAGAGACCACAGAAAUACGAUACAAUAUAAUAAAAAAUCAUAAUUGAUAUCAAGGUUUUACGCUUGGUUGUCCGAUCGAUAAGGCACACUAUAAUUUAAGUACCUUCGAUUUUCGAGCGAUAACCAUCCAAGCUCCUAGGACUGUCCAAACGGUGUAAGAUCAAAUAAAAUCAUCACGAUCUACCUAUUAAAGGCUACGCAUGCCUCGUUACAUAUUAUUGCAGUUGGGAUUAGAAAUUAACCAAAAAAACAGUCCAGUUGCCAUCACAACGGAAAUAUCUGGUGCAGUCCAAUCGUCGUCAUAGUGGUGUUAAUCAGUGCAGAUUAGCCGACGUCAGCAGAAGAUCGUCCAUCCGACUAGCUAUCGGAGGAACCACGGACCACCAUCGACGCUAUCACCUAAUACUGUAGCAUAGUCGAUCCACCGACACCGUCAGUGCAUGUUUCAGUCACUCGAUGUAGGUAUCGGCUACAAACACCACAUAGAUUUCCCCACACAUCCCUGCAUAGAUGUAUUGUGUACACUUGUAAAUCAGAGACCCACUUAUCCGUGUGUCACAUAGUAUAUUGCAAGUUUAACGAACCCUUGUAAAUGUGAACUGUAUGUUGAAUGCAUUUUUUUAUUUUUAUUGUAAACUUUAUAUGAGUAUAAGGAGAUACUACUAAAACCAGUAUAUAAGAAAUUAUGUAAAUAUUGUGUAAAUCAAAGAUAAGUUUAUAAAAAUAAAAGUUUAAGUUAAGAAAAAACCAAAACCUCGAGCAUUCGUUUUUUCGUGUAAUUGAUAAUCGGAGUAAGCUUAUUGGUAGAAAAAGUGUUCAUAAAAAAAAAUAAUAAAACCGAUUGUAAAACCAAUACAUUUCUCACUCCCAUUUGAAUCUAAAAAUAUACAUAUAUAAAAUAGUAUAUAAAUUUUUUUUUUUAUUAAAUAAAGCCUCGGCGAUUAUGACCAUUGGCCUAUUUAUUUAUUUUAUAAUAUUAAUAUUUAAUAGGUUACAAGUUUUCCUUUCAAAAUUGUCCUAUCAAACAUUACAGUUUAUUACCUAUUUUUAAAAUAAGUAUGUUUAGAAAUCAAAAACGUUGCAUGCUUGCAAAGCGGGUUUUCUAACUUAUUAAAACAUUUAAUAUUCUACAAAUUCUGUAGAAGUAAUUUGACAAUUUCUUUAAAUAUUCUUCAAAAUCUUGAAACCGUUGAAUUUUCUUAAUACAUUAAAAAAUAUAAGAUUUAUUUUUUAACUGUCAAACUAAAAUAUUUAUGAGAAUGUUUGUAAAAUAGUUUUUUUUAUAUAUAUAAAUAUAUAUGUAUAUUAAUUAUGUUUUACAACUAAGGUUCUGAACAAUUUUUUGGUAAGUACUUUAAUAUUUCAAUUAAGUAAACACUUAAAAAAACUCCCGAUAUGUUGAACGUGAAAACAUGGACGAAAAGAGUGUAUUUGGGGUAAAAGAGAAAAUUAAUUUAUCAUAUUUGGGUGAAAAGAGAAAGGUAAUUUGUUGGUAAAAAAAUGCCUUACUUUUAACCCCGUGGAGCUUGUAGGAAAAUAAAUAAUCAUAUUAAAAAUUUUCCCAAAUUACUUCCUUGAGUUUCAAAUUAAAUAAGAAACAACCGAAUGAGGGAUAAAAACUUGGAAUAUUCAAAAAUCGAGAUCAUUAUAAUGUGUUAUAAUCAAUUAUUGUAAAUUUUUUUUUUAAUGAUAGAAGUCAAUGAUCAAUUAAUACCUCUUGAAGAAACAAAUGAUGACGAAUUUGAAGAAGAAAUGGCUGCAACUACUGAAAAAGAUGGUAGAUAUAUUUACAUAAUUUAGUGGAAGUAUGAGGAAAUACAAAAGAACUGGCCCAAAUGCUAAUUUACCAGAUGUUGAAAUUUAGCCGCCAUGUCUUAUUUUAUUAUAAUAUUUAACAACAAACUUUUAAAAUUAAAACUAUAAACAAUUUUUUUUUAACAGUUUAUAUUUACAGAUAUACAAUAAAUAAUCUAAUUUUAUUUAUUUGUUUAAGUACCUAUAUAUCACGAUAAUAGUGAAUAAUUAAAAUUAUUUAUAACACAAUAUUCUUAUUACGUCCGUCCGUAGUUAUCGGUAAAUAUAAAUAUAGUUACGGUUGUUAAUUUGAUUGACAAAGAGAUGAUAUCAAAAAAUAUUAAUUUAUUCAUAACAUUAUUUUUGUUAUUACGUAUUGUUUUAAAGUUCUUUUUUUUUUUAAAUACACAAUCUGUAAACUAAUUUUACAAUAAGAGUAUGCGCUAUAGUAAUAAUUAUUGAUACGAGUUACUUGAUUAAAGAUGUAACCCAGCGGCAACACUUCAUAUUGAUUUAAAAUGUUAUACUGUGUAUUUAUUUUUAUUAUAUUAAUUUGGAUUUGGAUUAAAAGUUUAGAUCAUGAUACCAUCUUUUCUUAAGCCUCUUUUGGAGAUAACUAAGUAUUGAGUCUGAGUCAAAUGCUGAAAUUAAUGAUUUAGGGUGGUUUUCUAGCCAUAAAUGAUAACGUUUAUAAUAUAUAACUGAGGACAUUUCUGGAAUAGUUUUGAUGUUUAGGUCUGUGUGAAGUGUUAGAUACAUAAUAAGGCAUGUUAGUUAUAAUGCAAUAUACAUAACAAUAAUGUUAAAAAUAAUAUCUAUUUUCUCAUUAACCAAAUCAACAACCAUAACUAUGCUAUGUACCAAUGACUACGGUCUUAAGAAUAGACAUACGUAAGUUACGGAAUAUUAGGUAUUUUAACUUAUGUUUAAAAAUCUAAAAUCAAAUGGUCUUUUGAUUAUUAAUAUUAAAUACGUGUCAUAGAUGUAUAUAUAUAUAUAAAUAUAUGAUAUUAUGAAAACUUUUAUAUAAAAUGACUAGUAAUCGUCACUGUAGGUACUAACUUAUAUUAUGAUAGCCGAUAUGUUAUACAAUAUUUCUAGACUCGUACGUAGGCGAUAGUAGAAAACGCACUAUUUCCAAAAUCGACGAAAUUAAGUUAUAUGAUGAUUCUUACAAAAAAUAAUGCGGAAAAUCGAAUGCUGCCGUCAGAUUUUGUUUACACGUACUAAUUUUUUGUUAAAAUCUAUCUAAAAUCCAUGAAUUAUGUCAAAAAGCAAUAAAUUAUUUACUAUUUCUAUAGUACGUUUUAGUACAAUCAAUAAAUUUCAUAGUCAAAUUUAAGCCAUUAAACUAGAUUAAAACUUUUAGGUCGUAUCAAAAAAAAAUGUUUAUUUCAAUAUUAAAAUUGUUUUGGCACAAUUGCUAUAUUUCUAUGACAAUUCAAUUGUUCGUAAAAAAAAAAAAAAACAUUUUUACUGAAAAGAGUGGAAAAUGGAAAGAGUAAUUUUUGGAUUGUUACCCCAUAUAUAGCUUAUUGAAUAACCCUUAAUAUUCGUUUAUCUACAUCUACUUAAAUGUAAACAAUAUAUUAUUAUUAUUAUAUUAUGAUUAAAAUAAUUAAGUAAUUAUAGCCAAACAGCCAUUUUAUUGUUAAAAGCGUAUUGUAAACUUUUGUAUAGAUUGUUUAUAUUUAAUAAAAUUUAAAAACAUUUAAAUAUAAUUAUUAUAAUUUUAUUAAUGUUAAAUUCCAAUUAUUUGUUUAUAGCUGGUGUAGACGGCGGCCUACCAUUUGAUUUAGAUUUAAUAAAUUCAGAUAGUUCUCAUAUCGAUCAAGACAUGGUGAAUUGGAAAUCUAUAAUUCCCACAGAUUUUAAUAGCAUCACACAACAUGAAAAGAACAUUUUCUUUAAUACAACAAUAGGUAAUAUAUGAUAACCUUAAUUUCAUAAAUAUAUUUGUUUUGUUGGUUCAAUUCAAAUUAUUAUUAUUUAUUAUUAUUAUUAUAAACUAUAAUGAAUUAAUAGAAUCCCAUUUAUUAUGAAACAUAUUGUUACUUACCUAAUGUAUUCAAUACCACUAGGUACCUCAUACCUUUGUGCUAUAAGGGAUAUAGGGAACACGGUAUUACAAUUUUUUGUUGUCGAUUAUUGGUGUACUUACUUAAAAAUAUAUAAAUAUAUUAUAAUAAAGAAAUUGUUGAAUUUUGUAAAUUUAGAUCACGGUUUUGAAUAUAAUACAAUACAUACUCACAUUAAUAGCUAUUAAAUAAUGACUAUACUAUUAAUAUACUCGUAUUUGCAUAUCAUUUUGUUAUUUACGUUAUAGUCCAGUGGUGGCUAUUCUAUGGUCAAUGUGUGACUUCAGCAACUUUUACAAAAUAUAAUUUGGUAGUUGGGUAGGUGGUUUGGUUAGUAACCUAUUAAGUUGUUAGUAAGGAUACUUUGUUCAUAACAUACGAUUUAUUUUUCAGAAGUUUUUAUGUUUUCUUGUUUUCUACUAAAUACCACUGUUAAUAAAUGUUAUGAGAGUGGGUGGAUGUGUCAUCAGAAAGUACCGCCAACAACAAAUAUUUUUAAUGCGUAUACUACAAACGCAAAUAAACAUAUAAAUACACCGAUAUACGAUGUUCUACCAAAAUGUCCGAAGGUAAAAAUGUUCAGAGGUAAAAAAAAAUAAUACCUAUAUAGUUAUAAUUUAUAAAUAUAAAUAAUAAAUUAAAUAUAAUUUUAAUACGUAAUUAUAAUAUUAAUAGGUACAAUAAUCGUCUUAAUUUUGAUCAUACAAAUAAUAAAAAUGACUAUGAUAAAAUUGAAAUUCCAUUCUAGUAUACAAUAUUAAUUAAAUUUAAGGAUAUGCAUUUCAAAAUAUUCUCACAUAUUUUUUUUGGUAGUUUGAUAUCAAUUCUUUGACCUUUUUUGCAUUGGUCAUCCUCCAACUCCAACAGCAAUUUUUUCAAUUAAUAGCUGAGUGGGAUUAUGAAAAUAAUUUGGAAAACCUAAGAUUCCAUCCUUCAGUUUCGUUGUUAGUUAUCUAGCUAUAUACCUACAGUGUACUAGGUGGACAUUUUUACCUUCAGACAUUUUUACCUUUACCCUUAUAUUUCUUUGUCUAAUACUUUUACAGCACAGCAAUUCAUAUCAAUGCAUAAUAUAUCGAUGUAGUGAAGCAAUAAAGAUUCUGAAAAAAAAUUUUAAUUCAGCGUGAAGUAUACAUGUAAGACCAUUUUAGAUUCUAAAUGGAGCGAAGAAGCUUAUAGUUUUACAAAGAUGUUUUUUAUUUUUUUUUCCCUGUAGAUAACUUUUCUACCAGCAAAUUUGUUCAAACUUUUGAUAAUAGCAAUUUUUCUAAAAUGAAAUUUUAAUGGAAAGGUACUUUAGAGAGGUUUUUUUUCGAUUUUCUCGAGAGUUUUCUCACCAAAUUUAAAAAAUUGGGAAAAACGUAGGCAAAUUGGGAAAAUCGGUACGACCUAAAACAAAUAUUAUUAAAUAAAAUAUGUAUAGAUUAUUUAAUCAUUUUACUAUACAAUGACAUAUAUAUAUUAUUGACAGAGGAUCACUAUAAACUGAACUCCACUCAGAAUCGUUUUUUCGUAAGCAAUGGUUUAUUGUUGCUUACAGGUAUACAUUCAAUUAUCCAUAAAAGUAGCUGCACCCGUCCCUAUUAUCCUAAGACGUCUUUUUAAAUUUAAUUUUAGUUUUUUUCUUUACAUACAUUUGUGUCAUUUCAAAUUUUUGGAAAUUAAGGAUUAAAAUUAGAAAAAGUAGUCCGACCGAUCUCAUAAUAAUUAGUAUACUCUUCAUGCUGAGAAUUUUUGUAUCAACAAUAUAGCCCGGUGCCACCGUACAUUUGAGUCGAAAUCAUGUUCUAUAAUAAAAACUCUCAUACCUCGUAGUAAUCCAAUAUUGCGAUGGAUUUUGUUUUUUAAAUUCAGAGUGAAAAAUAAAAAUAAGGUUGAUUUGUAACCAUUUUUAUUCAUUUUUUAAUCUUUUUUUAAAUAAUCAUUGUUGUGAAAAUGCUGCAUAUUGAUGAAAAAGCAAUAUUAUUAACCGAGCUUCAUUCAGAAUCGUUAUUUGUUAGCAAUGAUAGUUAUUGAAUACAAAUAUAAAUUAAUAAUACCUAAUUACCUACUAAGUACCUACUAUAUAAUAAAUAAAAGAAUUAAUAAGAUAAAGAUAUAGAUAGUAUAAUUUUUUUAUCUAGAUAAAAUAUAAAAGCGAAUUUGUCCUUAUCUAGAUUACCUUUAAAACAUUCUAUCUAGAUAAUCUCUACACUGGUCACUGGUGGAUUUAACGUACGAUACGUCUUAAAAAAAACUUAUGGUAGUCGAAAAUAAUAGAAAUCUUUAUUAUAAGUGUGUAACUUCAUUUUAAUUUCUAGCUCGUUAAUGCCAAGUCUUGCUAAAAAUUUAUGAUAAACCAUUGAAACACUAUAUUCAUUAAAAAUAAAACAUACUACACUAAUCAGUUGCCAUGUUUAUGAAGUAGGUAGAAAUAAUAUUCUCUGCCGAGGUUGGAUUUAUAUUUAUUAUUUUUUGGUAAUUUUCGUAUCGAAAAAAAUGUGAAGCUUUUUGUACUUGUUCAUUUUUACUAAUAUUAAUAUAUUAAUUUAAGUUUUUUUUAAUCUUUUUUAAAGAAAAACCUCCAGUUGGUAUGUAUUUUUCCUAAUAUAAUUUACACUCGUAAAUUACCUAAUGUUAUCAGGCUACAUAAUACCAUUCAUAUUAUAUUCAUUCCUACUCACAUCAAACCUCAAAAAUUCAUUCCUGGAAAUCAAAUAUGAAAGAAGCCAAUGACUGAAUUAUAUAUUACCUUAAAUAUUAAGCACCUGUAAUCAUUAUAAUUACCCAAGUAUCUAACUUUCAUUGUUUUGUAGUUUUUCUAUACAAUAAUAGUAAAAAUGUUAUAUAAAUGUAUCUAUAUAUGGGGUUCCAACUUUUAUCAAUAUUUUAUAAUUUGUAGUAAUUUUGUUAAUUUGACUGUAAUGAGAAAUCAUAACUUUUUUGUUGUAUGUGUAAUUUUUACUAUUACAACUAUUUUCCUCAAGUUCCUCGAUUAAUUCAUUUACGUAAUAUUAAUUAUUUCGUAUGUUAUUGUUCAAUAAUAAUUCUUAAAAUUUGUUAAAAAGUAGUCAAUAUUACUUAGUAAUAUUAAAUAUUAACAAUAAAAAUGUCGCCACCCAGUAAUUGUACUUUUUAAAUAUGUUCAUGUUAUUUACAUUUUACUUGUAUAAACAUUAAAAAGUAUAAUAUUAAUAUUUUAUUUAUAUUGUAAAGAAAACCCAUUGAAUUGCAAAAGUAAGCAUAUAAUAUAAUAUUUAAAAAAUAUAUUUUUUCGAAACAAAAAUUGUGUAUAAUACUAAUUGUCUAUUUAUUGUGUUUGACUACCGGUUUAUAAACACCGUUUAUUUAUUUAUUAUUUGCUAUUGUUUAUUAACAUUAAGAACAUAAUUAAUGUUAUAAAUAUUUGAAACAAUGUAAAAUAAAAAUAAAUUAUAAAUAUAAUAAAAAUAGAAAAUUGUUUAGUGGGAUAAAUGAUAAAUCUUACUCGAAAUUGAAAAAUUACGAAACUAAGAUAUCAUAUUAUAUUUUCGUUUGUUUCCUACUUGUCUGCGUGUUUAUAAAAUUCGUCCACGGGCCUUAUGUGGCCAAAUCAUCAAUAAGAACCAAAGUCGAAAGUUCAUAAGAAACAACAAUAUCCGAGGAGUUAGAUAAAAUUAAAUCUAAAAUAGAAAUUUUGUAAUUUUUCAUAGUAUUAAAUUUUUUUAUAUUGAGUAAAGAAAAAUUUGCUCAUGCAUCUGAUUCAAUUUUUUCAUAGUGAGAAAUAGUUGGAUUACUGAAUAAAGACCAUUGAAUGGCUGGCAAAUUGUAAUAAUCUAAUAGUAUAAUUUUAGCAUUAUUAUAUUGAUAUAGCAAAUCAUUAACUAUAUUAGUAUGAUUAUUAUAAACAUUUAGUUUUUUUGAGAUGGCAGUUCAUUAUCAUAUUUAAUGAACAGAUUAGUUUCACCUGCAGUUUUUCUAGCAUUAGCUCAUCAAUAUUUUAAGCCUUUUCAUUGUUACAAAGUUCAAUCCAAUGGAAUACUAAUGUGUUUGAAAUUCGUCAACUAACUCAGUUUGCACUUGUUUUUCAAAACAUCAAAUACAUCAUGUUGAUUUGGUAGUGCAGCUCAAAUUGGCCUUCAAUUAUUGAACAAUUUAUUUAUCUAAGCACAGAACAUUUAUAGGAUCAAAUAGGAUCAACAAGUAUACAAAUUUGCAAAAUAUACUAGAAAUAUGAUUACUAUCAUAAACACUAGAUUGCGUAGAAGAUUCAGGUAUAUUAAACAAAAUUAUAAUGCGACUUCUAGAUUACCGAUUUUAGUUUUGACAAGCUAAAUAGAACAAGUUACAGUGUACAUAUAUUACUUAAUAACUACCUAUAACACCUAUAUACAAUAAACCUGGUUCCCUACAUCAUACAGGUACAUAAUUGCCAAUUUAACAUUAAUAUUAUGGAGUUGACUACUUAGGGUUGAAUUGUUGUAAUUAAAGUAAAUAAUAAUUAAAUAUAAAUAAUUUGUGGACAUUUUUGUGUAGAAAUUUAAUAUUGGAUAUUUUAAAAAAAAAAAAUACUAUUUAUCACUAAUAAAUUAUGUAAACAAAAGUAUUGCAAUAAAAAUGUAUUUUAUUUUAAAUGUUCUUUCAGAAACGAUUAUGAGCAGUCGUAUAUUACGAAGUGAGUAGUAAAUUUGUUUUUAUAUCCUUAUAGAAUAUUUAAUUAUACGUUAUUUGUCAUAUAUUAUUCUAUGUUAAUAGAUAAAAAAGUAUUAGAAAUUUUCGAUCCAGAAUAUACUCUAGGUAAGUAGUCAAUCGGCAAAUAAUUCACAACAACAUUGCUGAGUAUAGGUACCCUUUUUUUUUUUUAUAUAUAAUCCAACAAUUAGUUAAAUGAUUAUUGAUGUUUCUAUAUUGAUAUUUUUCUCAGUCCUCUAUAUAUUUUUUUAGUUCCCUAUACGUUCUUAUUCCCGUGUCUUCCAUCACUUGGUUCAUGAAUGAUGUUCUAGGCCUUCGUCUUCCAGAUUAGGAUCCAAUAUUUUCCUUUACUAUCAUAGUUUUCCAAAGGUUGUUUCUUAUUAGAUGUCUGAUUCAUGUUUCACCUCAGGAUCAGUGUAUUUCAUAUUGAUUUAUGAGUAUUCAUUCUUUUAAAAACUUCAACAUUUUUAUCUUUUCUGUGAAAAUUCUUCUCCAACACCAUAUUUCAAGUGCCACUAUUAGCUUUAUCAGCCUUCAGUAUAGUCUAAGUUUCUGCUCCAUUUAGAACUACGCUCCACACAAAUCAUUUUACUUGUGCUUUCUUAGUUGUCAGAUAUACUGUAUUUGAAAUGAACUGGUUUUGCUUUCAAACGCUUGUUUGGUGCAUAUGCCGAUAUUUCUUGAAGUAAAAAGUCUUCUGUUUUUGUUAAAUGCUAUCUUAGCUUGUUAAUUUGCUUUAUUAUUUCCCUUUUACUUCUGCCAUUCUCACUUAUUAUGCUUCCUAAAUAUGUGAACUCUAGUUGCUCUAUUAACUUCUAUUUUUUCUAUUUCUUGGUUAUUUUGUAGAUUUAUUGUUGCCUUAAUAUUAUUGUUCCUACUACAUACAAGAACUUUGGACUUUUUCGUAUUUAUUUUUAUGUUCAGUUCAUAGAGCAGCGUUUCUUCAAUAUCUUAGCAUCCGUUGCAAUUCUUCUUCAUUUCAACUAUCACUGCUGUAUUGUAUGUAAAUUGUAGCACAUUAAUUUUAAUUUUUCAUCUUUAUACUUAAAUUUAUUUAUUUUUUUAUUAUGUCAAUUGCCUCUUAAAUGUAUGCAUCGAAUAUGCUAGAUAAGAGAGUACAACCCUGUCUUACUACUUUUCUUAUACAUGCUUCCUCUACAAUUUCACCAAACCGUAUAACAGCUGUUUCCUUCUACCACUAUAGUUUGAAGAGUAGUCUUCAUUCAGUGUAUUCUAUACCUGAUUUUUUUAGCAUCUUGAACAUUAUUGACCAGUUGAUAUUGUAGAACACUUUUUCUAUGUUAACAAAAGCUAUGUAUGUAUACUUAUCUCUCCUAAUUUUUUUCUCGAUAAUUAUAAUUGUGAGGUAUUGAUCAUAUUUGUUUGUGGUUGCUUUGUUCAGAAUACGAGUAAUCUUACACUUUGAAGUCUAGAAGAAGUUCCCCUGAGUUGAAUAUUUCCUUUAUGAAUUUAAAAAGCUCACUGCAUAUUUUUCCGUCAGAUUUUUUCCAAAGUUCUGUUUGGAUGUUGUCAAUUCCUGCAGCUUUCUUACUUUUUAGAUUUCUAAGUGCUUUAUCAAAUUCUUCUCUCAGUACACCAUAAUUUAAACUGUUAUUCAGUACUUCUUCAUGUUUUAUCUAGAUUUUUUAUUACGUGAGAUUUAUAAACAAAAUAUAUUGGUACUAAUUUUACCGUGUAGGGUAUGCCAUUUAUUUUAAAUUUACUACAUUCUCUUAGUAUUGUCUGGGACAAAUUAAUUGACCAUUUAAAAGCUAAGUAAUGAUGACAACCAAUCGAAUAUUAAAUAAAACUGUUAAAAUCAAUAAAACCGAACAUAUAUUAGCUACAUAUUAUGUAACAUCGAUUCCAUCCAAUCAUUCUAUCAUUAAGUUCAUUAGAUGUUUGCUACGUAAUUUAUUUAUUUUUUUUAAAUUGAUUUUUUUUUUUCUAGACAUGAAUGCAAGUAUAUACAUGUUUUGGAAGAAUGCAAUCAAUUUAAGUAAUGGAAAUUGUUUACAUAAUAUUCUAGAAUCGAUUUACAUACCAUUAUUAUUGUUUUAUUAUACAAUCUUUUAGGUGAAGAAGCGGUUUACAACACUAAUUGUAAGUUAUGUUUUGUUCCUAAAUCCAUUAUUAAAUUAAUAAUGAUUCAUUAUGCAAAUGCAUCCCAUGAAUUUUUCUUUAGCGCACCUAAAAUGUGUAGUUGUAGUUAAUUUUAUAUACCUAAUUUAUAUUCUAAAAACCACUAAUUUUGUAAUUUUACAAAAAUGUAUGUAAUCACUUAUAACUUUAAUAAGACAUAAACACAGUUAUACAUAAUAUAUAAUAUUGGCAUUAUAGUACUGAUUAACAAAGAUAAUUUUGCUAAAUUAAAGCGUAGAUGAUUUUCAUUAAUAAAAUAUAAAAUAUAUGAUUAUAUAUUUACAUAUUAUGCAUUAUAUAAUACUGUUGAGGUUUUUUAUUGUUUAAAUUUCAAUACAUAGCUACCUACUCGGUAUUAAACUAUGAUUAUUUAAAAUACCUAUAUGUACUGCGUACUGAGUUAUUAAUACCUAUAUGAUUUUGUUUUAACUUAUUAUGUUUAUUAUACUAAACAUAAUAAUAUAUUGUUUGUUCUGAUAAUAAACUUAUUAAGUAGGUAAUUUUUGUGUAUUUUAGUUUUAUACGAAAUAAAUAAUCAAUAUUUAAAUUAAUUUGAAGUACGUUUUUUAGUUGUGACAAACAUUAAAAUAUGUGAUGAUUUAAAAGUAAAGUUAAGUAUUUAAAUUAUUGAUUUUGUGCAAAAUAUUCUAAGCGAGUGGAUUUCAAGUUGAUUUUAAUUUUCAGUAUAGGUUUUGAAUUACAUAAAAAAUUGUGAAAUGAUGCUACAGCAUUAAAUUCAACAUUAAUCAGUAUAACAUCUGUACUUUUUAAUAAUAAAUUAAUAACUUUUUCUAGCCUAAACUUUAAACCAUAAUUUCUAACUCAUAAACAAUAAAACUAAUAGUAGGGUUAUUGCACACCAAAAUUCCUAGAAAAAUAUACUAUAUUCGAAUCCAUGUUUUAAAGAGGGGUUUCUAUUUAAAAAACAAACGUAAAUACUUAUUUAAGGUAUAUGGAUGGGUAAAAAAUUAAAAAUUAUUUUAAAAUAAAACUUAAAUUAUUCCAUUGCAAUGAUUUAAAAAAAAACAGAAAUCAAAUUCAGUUAAAAUUCACUGAGAAAAUUGCUAUUUUAUUAUAAACAAAAAAUUACUGUACUAUAAAGGGGUUCAAAAAUUGUAACUUAACUUAAGUGAUUCUCCAUUUUCCAAAUAUUUAUGUAUAAGGAUAAAAAUAUUAUUUUAUCAUAAUUACUAAAUGAAUAUGCGAUAGUUAAACUAAAAGAUUAACACGAUUUAUACCUAUUAUAUGUCCUAAUAGAUGCUUCAAUGCGUGCUAUCUCUAUAGGAGUCACAUUUUUCGUCAUUAUAAACUGUGUUUUUUUUUUAAAAUUCUGUUUUGGACUGUGUUUCUAAUAAGACAGUUAGUAUUAAAUAUAUAAUUUAAGGUUUUCACACAGAACGCAGUUUGUAAUAUAUUUAUUUAUACAUCGCAUGUAUGUAUUUCGAUGGCUAUUAAAAUAUACACAAUUGAGCAAAUUUUGCGCAGUCGUUCUUCACCGGAUUAUUUAAUUCAAUUAUUUUGUAAGGGUUAUAUUAAAUAUAUGUAAGCAGUAGUAUGAAUAUUACAUAUUUAUUCAUUUUUUUCAGCUAUACUACAAAGAUAUAUAGUGUUUUUACGAACAUUUUUAGAGUUUCGUAAGUUGUUUAUGAUAUGUUAUGUUAUGAUAUAAUUAUAAUUAAUAAAAACUAUAAUACAUUUUAGUAUAAACUAGCUAUUUAUUUUACCAGCCAUUAAACAUUUAAAAAAGCAUUAUAUACAUAUAUAUCUGUACUAUUUACCAAUAUACUUCGAACGAUUAUAUUUAGAUUAUUGAUUCAUUGAUUUGCUAAUGUCUAAAAAAUUGACGAAAUACUUAUGUAUGUUCUAAAAAUAAUGUUAGUUCUUAAAAUAUGUCUAAAAGCUAAAUCAAAAUGUGUAAAUAAAACUAUUGUAUGUAAAAUUGUUAGGUAGUUGAAUGUAUUUUAUAUACCAGCUAUUUUUUUUAAUAUCUGAAAUACUAGAAUUAUAUUUUAUAUUAUAGCUGACGAUAAACAGAAAGGUAAGAAAGAAUUAUUAAAUUGCAUAUUAUAAAUACAUAUCCAAAAUCCAUAUAAUGUAAAUCCUGAAAUUAUUAUUAAAUAUUCUGACUUUAUAAUUGUAGUAAGGAAAAUUUUGGAACCAGAAAGAUGGUGUAAUUCAAGUAAAGAAAUAAUAUACGCUUCAAAAUAUAGCAAUAAUAGACGUUUUGCAAUAACUAUAUAUUUCCAUGAUUUCUAAACAUAAAUUUAAUUUUCUCGGUGUACCUACUACAUUUUGUCUUGUUCAUGGAUAAUAAAUGGAUGGACCACGGCAUCUUAUUCAAAUGUAUCCGAAGCUUAAAUCGUAUAUAUACAUUAUACAUUAAUAAUAUUAAAUAUACAUAUAAUAUUAUAUUUACAUAGAAGAUAGUCAUGCUGGCCGUUGGUGAUGUCUAAUAUAACUUCUCACUUCUUGUUUAGUUUUGGGUAAAAGUGGCUAAAACAAAAUAUUAUAAUUGUAAGCCAUUCUGCGUUAAGUUUAUCCCAUUCAUAACAUCACUAGUUUCAUAUAUUAUUCACUAGAAAUAAAUAACAUUGUUUUAUUUUUUUGAAUGAAAUGUCCUAUAUUAUAUAAUAUAUUAGGUACACUAACUAUCAUUAUUUUUUUUCCCGGUAAUAUUUAAUAAUUGAGUCGGUAUUUUGGCUGUUGUUGAAUUGACCCAUAUUAGACAUAGUCAAAUGUAUGGAGUAAAUAACAUACAUAAAUCAAUCCAUUUAUUAUGAUGAACAAUAAUUAUACAUAGAAUGGUUGCACAACGCCAUACAUUAAUAUUAAUAUUUUAUACAUUAUAAUUUAACAUAAUGAUGAAAUAUUAAUAUUAUUCUAUGAAUAUAUUAAUUUUAUUAAUAUAUAUAUAUAUAUUUUUUUUUUAUUAUUGGAUUGAUAAAGUUAAUAAAUUAUGCAUGGGUAGGUAAGACAAUUUAUAUUAUACCGUAGUAGUAAUAUAAAAAUUAUUUCAUUUUAAUUAUACGAUCUGUGCCCUUUUGACCUUGCAACAUUAAACAUUAGAGAUAAUGAAAUUAUACAAUUAUAAAAUUACCAAAGCUUAUAAGUUAUAAUAUAGAAAUUGCACAUAAUUAGAUCAAUAAGUCAUUAAAGGCAGAAUCCACAUUGAUAGUUAACACUAGACGUCCUAGAGGCUCAUUAGCCAUUUAGUUGGUGGUGGAGUGCAGGACAUAGAAGAUGAUAGUAAAGCACUAAGGAAGAGCGGGACCGAGAGAAUGUCAUAAUUUUGUAUUUAUUGAGAUUAAGUGAUAAACCUAAGGUGUUGAACCAAUUUGAAAAAUGAUUCAAAUCAGAUUGAAUUUUAAUGCAAUCAUUGGGUGUGCUUAUGCGCAAAUAUAACUUGAUGUCAUCAGCAAAGUAAAGAAAACGAUAGUGGUAUAGCAUACGAUGUAGGUUAUUAAUAAAAAGUGAUAAUGAGAAUACGGUCCAUGAUAAUACAGUUGGUUACUUUCCGGAUUUAUACAGUCCAUGAAAAUUAAGUUUAUUUAUAUACGAUUCCGGAACUAUACGGUCUGUGAGAUUAGUUUCCGGGAUUAUACAUACAUCCUUUGAAACUAAAAGCUAGUGUAAGACUUAAUUCUGGGUGAUAUUUAUCAAUCGGUACUACUAGUUCAAGUGAUUUAUCAAUGGUUAAACGAGUAUCAUUACAAAAUGUAAGGUCAAAAAUAAAAUUAUUUGAAUUAUAAAUAUUAUUUUUUUGGAAGAACCCGUUGGUUGCAAAUGAUUUAAGAAUGUAAAAGGCGCAAGCAGGAGAAGAAAAGAAAUAUACAAUACCAUAAUCAUCAUAAUCCCAAAUUAUUUCAAGAAUAUUAUAAUCCCCAUAAAUAAUAAAUAUGUUAUUUGGAUAAAUAUUAACCAUGUAUUCAAUGGAUGAGAUGUAGAAUUCAUAGAUUAAGGGAGAAGAGCGAGAAGGGAUAUAGACUCCACCAACACCGAAACAGUAAGAAUCAAUAGUAAAGCGGACAAAAAUAAGUUUAAAAUUUAACUGAGUAACAGUAACGCAGGAUAUAGGAAAGUCUUUACAAAUGUCAAUGAGGACAACAAUCAUUAUUAGAAUAUAUCUGUCAUACCUAAAAAUUGUAUAAUUUAUAAGACCUAGUUUGAAAUUAGAAAUUUUAUCGUGUAACCAAGUUUCAGAUAGUACAAUAAAUAUAUAACUAACAGAUGAUGCAUUACGCAUAAAAUUAGUUAAUUUAGUAUUAAGACCCCCUCACAAUUUUGGUAGAAGCCGCUUAAUGAAGUGAAAUUUGUAGGAUCUACUAAAGGUAUUAUGUUGGUUGGUGAUGGCGAACUCCUCCGUUUUUUAAAUGGGGACUGCUAUUUUGGACAAUCCGUUUACGUAAACAAUUCGCAGGCCGGUUUCACUAACUUUGAAUCAAGUUUGGAAUGACAUGAAUAAAGUAGUUUACGCUGUAAAGGCGUUUUAUCGCUAGCCAUACGAAAUUUUUCCAAGAAGUCAGUCCUGGAGCGCUUAGCUAAAUUUAAUGCCUUGUUUACACCUGAAGAGUACUCGGCCAAGAGAGUCAACUCGUCCGAGCACUGUCCUGUGUGAACUAAAGGAACCAGUACUCGGCCUAGUAAUCGGAAAAUAAGCGGGCAAGUGAAUAGAAACCAUUUCUAUUCGCUUGGCCGAGUGACUACCCCUACUACCAAGAUGUAUGGUACUCGGCGUGUCAAACCACUAGCAGAGUGUCAUGUAACGAGUAGUUCAGUAGUAUUUUUUUCAUCAAAAAUAUUUAUUUAAGUAUGAAUCGUCAUCGUAAAAUAAAACGAUUUUUUAAGGAUUAUGUAAAUCAAAUCUCUCUAAUGAUGAUAGAAUUAUUGGAAUAUGAGUUGAAUACAGAAAAGAGAAAGCGGAUUUGGGCCAGAAAAUGGAUCUUACGUUGAGGCACACACGGUACUUCUGUUGGACUUUUUAGAGAGCUAGCAAGUGAUGAUGUUACUGAAUAUAGAUCAUUUAUGAGGAUGAAUGUUGAACAAUUUCAACUGAUUUUACAAAAUAUCUCGGAUAAAGUUCAACGAUCAGACACAACAAGUACGCUGCUUCCCGAGACGAAUUAGUUUGAAAUUAAAUGGGACAGCAUUGCCAAGGGAUGAAAAUGUAUAGAAAAAUGUAUUAUUGUCAUGUUCUAUACGCAGGAAAACAUCCGAAGAGGUAGAUUAAAGGACCCCAUAGGCAAUUAAAUUUAUCAGACAUCUUUCACGUUCAAAUAUUUCUUUGAGAACUUGUUAAAGAACACAUUGUAAUUUUUCGGACUAGAACUUUCCAAAGAAACAACUUUUUUUUUGAGAGCAUCAAUUUAAGUAUGAAGCAAAGAGUUCUCAGUUUUUAAUUCAGACAUUUGAAGUAACACGAGGGAAAGGUCAACUUUUAUGUUGCUAAAUUGGGAUGCCUGAAGGUUAGAUAAAGAUUUAUGAAAUGCUAAAAUUUCCCCUAUAAAAGACUUUAGAGUGGCCAUCAAAUCUUCAUUGAAAAUUGAGCCACUUUUGCUGCUGUAGCUGAAAACGACUUUUGUCUUAGGUUUAAUUUUAGUCAUGAUGGAAGGUGAGUAGUUAAAAGAUGCUAUAGAUGUGAAUAGUAGACCAUUAACGAUAUAAGAUAAAAUUCAAAUGACAGAGGUGCAGUUAGGCGAUGAUAGGUGUGUAAGCAGUUAUGUAAUUUCAGAAAGAUAGCGUUGAGUAUAUCUUGGUGAGUGGACCGCAAUGGCAAUGUAGAAUAGCUGUUAGGUCAUACGAGAAAGAUAACAAAAUAAUACUGAAUCACAUGAAAUGUUAUAAAGUUUAAGCUGGUAGACAGAGUCAAUGAAAUCUUCGACAAAUCUUCGCAUGCAAACAGGACAACAUUCAAUAAAUAAUGAAUAAAACUAUAUACAACACAUAAAACAAAGCCAACCGUUGGGUUAGUUAGAACAAAGUAAAGUAAGAGGUAAGUAAACAGCGGUGUUAUCACAUUAUCACAUGUGACAAUUACUCACUAUAUUUGAUAUUUUAUGUAUUAACGAGUUCGAGUUUUAAAUGAAAUGUAAAGAUGUGCGUAAUCUAGUUGUAGAUAUGUGACAUAGAUAUAGUCUGUUCCAGGAGAGAAAGGUCCGCUUCUGCGCAUGUUUUCCCCCUCCACAUAGCCGAUUGUCAUUUCUUCCGUCGUCGGUUUAUGACUAUACACCGCUAGGAUAUUUUGUAGAAAUUCAAUUGUUAUUAUUAUCAGACAUCGCGCAUCGCACGUUUAUUUACCUUUACUGUUUUAUAACCUCUUGAUAAUUUUUCAAAUCGUAAACUAUCGUAUAUACAAGUACUUUCUAUAAUAAUCCAGACUUUGUUUUUUUUGUAUACAUAUUUAUUUAUUUAAUAUCUUAUUGAACACUGUAGGUAUAAUUCAGUAGGUAUGAUACAGUAGGUAUAAUAAAGUAGGUAUAAUACAGUAGGUAUAAUACAGAGAUAUAUAUUUAAUAAAUAAUAAAUAAUUAUAUUAAAACAUUUCAUUUUUUAUUCGUUAAAAUUACAAUUCAUCAUUUUUGUCAUAUUGGCGAUAAACAGUGGACUAUCGACAGACAACAGUGCAUUAUUUGAAACGCAGUGUACAAAACCUGUCGAUAGAUCCGGGAGGGAAUAAAUGGAUAGUGUUGCGGCGUGGGGAUGCGCAGUAGCGCUUCGAUCUGGUCGGAAAGUGGACCGUUCUCUCCUGGGACAGACUAUAGUUGGCUUAUUCGAAGGCUAGGAAAAUAUAAACAUAUAAACAUUGAUAAUAUCAAUCUGUGAAAGUUAUUGUUGGGAAUUUGAUUCAUUUAUAUUCAUCAGUUUAUUAAAAUAAAUCAUACUUCUAAUCAUGAUUAACUGUGAACUUUAGUGAAAAUAAAUAUUUUUAUCUAAAUGGGCGUAUUUAUAUCAUGUUCUGAAUAAGAACACAGUAUAUAUUUUGGUAUAUAAACUGAAUAGGUUUAUUGAAAAACUAGUUAAAUUUACUCAUCGGAUUUUACCUAUAGAACCAAUACGAAGGGCAGGAUUUAUAAUUGAAAAAUGUGAGUACAUAUUUAAAAUAAUUAUUUCUUAAUUUAUUUUUUAAAAUGUAUAUUUUCAUAAUUAGGGCUGAGAUUUUAAUGCACUUAGCAUUUUUUUUCUAAAGAUUACUGUGUAAUGCUCGUCCAGUUACAAAUCUGUACCAUAUGUGCUUUUGAAUGAGAAUAGAAAAGUUUAUUUUGCAUUUUUUGACAAUUUUUAGUUUUUAGGUUAUUUUCUUAAUUUUAGACUUUUUAGGGCGUUUUUGGAGUUUUUGGUUUCAAAAUAUGAAUUUGAAAUCUUAUUUUAAGAUUUUUACUCAUAGACAGGAUUUUUAUAUAAAUUUAACAAAUUAAAAAAGUAAUACCUAUUGUAUUAUCAGAAGAUAAUAGUUGGAAUGACAAAACAUAAAUAAAGAUUGGCAGCAUCUACGAUAAAACUAACGUGGUAUAUUUAGAAUCACUAAAAUCGACGUUAGUAUACGAGUAUUUUUAAUUUCUAGUAAUUUUAUAAUAAUAAAAUACUAAUACUAUUGUUAAAAUACAAUUGUAAUAUACAUUUUUUUAAUUUUUUUUCAUGCUUUUUUUUCAAUACAUUUAGUCAUUUUUAUAAUGGAUUUUUUAAUGACACUUUUUUGAAAUUUGUUAGGGCAUUAAAAUCCUAGCCCUAGUCAUAAUAUAAAUAUAUUAUAACGUAUAAUAUAUUUUCAUAUCAAUAUUAGUCGCUUGAUCUUUCAAUUCGUUUAUUCCAUUAUGGUUAGGCACUUAAAUACGAGCCUCUGCAUUAGUGAUGUAUUUUAAGUUUUCGCCAUCUAGGAAUAUUGUCACCCACUUGUCAUAUAAAGUCUAUUAUGAAAUUAACACAUUUAUUUUUGAAUAGUUUUUUAAAAUUAUCGAACAACUUCAAAAUAAAUUUAUUUAUCUAAUCUUCUUCUUCUUGAUUGUUGAUCAAUUUCGAAUGUAAAUUUUGAACAUUAACUUUCGUGUAAUUAUAUUAUUUCAAUUGGAUACAUUUCUUCAGAAUUCUAUAUUCUAAUUAUAUGUAUUUAAGAAAAAAAAUGGAUUGGCCUAGGUGCAUUAUAAUUAGGUUUCGCAUUUAUAAUUUGAGUAACAAUAUUAUAACAACUGAUGUUUUUCUCUUUACUCAUAAAUAUUUGAAUCUUAUAAUUAAAUUGCACUAUUUUUUAAAGACGCUAAAGGUUUAACAGUAUACAAUACUUUUUUGAAUUGGAAAUAUGUACACUAUUUGAGUAAGUCAUUUAAACUUUUAAUUGAAUAAUCUAGAUUGCGAAUAAUUUACCACGAGUGCAAUUUUUUUUUUCAUGUAUAUUAUAUAUAACGGUAUUAUAGGUUUCUAGUAUGGUAAAAUAAUGUACAUAGUUUCUAGAUCUUAGUAUAAAAAAAUUCAUGAAAGUAGCACACCAACUGUGCAUAAACACUUCUAUAAUGCUUACAUAUAAUACCAAUAGGUUUAAAAGAUUUUGAUCAAAAUAAUUUUCAUUGGAAGUGUUAAUAAAGAUUAUUAUUAAAAUAUCUUAGCCAAUCAUAAAAUAUGUAAUUGAAAAGCUGAUAGUUUUCAAUGAAUCAAACUUAGGAAAUUUGAAAAUUCGCUUGUUUACGUCAAUUAUGAUAUUUUUUUGGUGGAUAACUUUUCUACCAGGAAUUUCGCUCCGAUUUCCAAUGAUAACACUUUUACUUAAAAGAAAUCUGACUAGGGAGGUACUUUUGAGAGGUUGUUUUUAAAUUUUCCCAGGAAUUUUUCAAAAAAUGGGAAAUACCGAAAAAAUGAAAUAAUUUACGAAAUUAGGUAUUAGAUGAAAAAUAUUUCGACUUUUUUUUCCUAUUAACAAAUUUUGUUUCAGCAAUUUUACUCCGAUUUAAAAUGAUAGCACAUUUUCUGAAAGGAAAUCUGACUGGGAAGGUACAUUAAGAAGGUUAUUUUUGAUUUUUCUAAGAAUUUUCCCGGCAAAUGUGCAGCAAACUUACAGAUACAAUUAAUUUCCGUUUUAUAUCUUACCUUCUCAACUUCUCACCAACAAGAGUAGCUAAAUCUGUUCCCAUAAUUCUAGGACAGCUUUUUUUUUUUUUAAUUUCUAAAUUAUUUUUUUAAAAUUUAAAAAAUGUAAUAACAUUAGUUUUUGAGUACCUAAUGAACUUAUAAGAAUGAUUGAAAAAGUAUAAGAGAACUGAGCAUUAACCUAUAUUUAUAAUUGUGUUUAGUUAUAAAAUAUUUAUUGAAACAUUGAUGAACUAUCAAAAAUAUUGAGCAACGGUGAUACUAAAUUUGACAACAGUCUGUAAAAUUGUAUUGUUUUUAUAUUUUUCAGAAGAUAACAAUAUAAAAAUUGACUUUGAAAAUGGUAUGUUCAUUAUUGUAAAUGAUGGUACUAUUAUACUGUAUUUAUUUUAUAUUUUUAGAUACAUUAUGAUUGUUUGAGGUCUUUUAUCACUCCACUCAUCUACCUAGGCAUUCUUUAUUCUAUUUUUCUAUCCUUCGCCCAGCACAUCAUACAACACAGUUAGUCUUAAUUAGUUAUUCUACAAUUUUGUAGAACUUAGCUUUAAGUUUCAUUUGAAUCUUUUUGUCACAUAAAACACUUGACGCUUCUCUCCACUUUAUCCAAACCACUUAAAGCUAUAUUUUACAUUCUCAUGAAAACCACGGUUCUUUUGUACAAAAGAUCCAAGGUACUUAAAAUCCUUUCAGUCUCGACUAUAACUGUUUAUUGUCUUUAGCUGUUUUAUCCUGUUCUUCCAAACUCAUACUCUGUUUUAUUUCUUCUUAUCCCAGAUUUUCUUCUAUCAAAGCUACAUCAUCUGCAAAACAUCUUGCGCCAUAGCAUCUCCUCUCACCUAUUGUUCGUGCUCAUAUCCGAGAUGGGUUAAAACCAAAUUGCCAAAUUCUUGUUUAGAACUUCUCAUAAUUGUUCGACAGAAUUUUACAUCGUCCUAACGUAACCGCAUUUGUCGCAUUUUACGACAGGUCAAAUUACAUUACUAUGUAAUAAUAUAUUAUUAUUAUUUAUUGUACCGUGGAUUAUUCUGAUUCUCUUCAACAGGGAGCGUGGGAAAUAUAUAAUAAUGUAAAGCGUCAUCACUCAUUUACUUAUCGAACAUUUUAAUUAUAUUUAACUAAUUUCAGUCUAUUUGUAUAAUUUUAUAACAACGAAUAACUAAUUUAUGAAAAUAAACAUAUUAUAAUAUCAGUUAUACUGAUUCAGUAUAUAAUAUUUCUUACAGUUAAAUAUAAUUUUUUUUUUCUAGUAGAUGAUAAAUUCAAUUAGCAAAUAGGAGUUAUGUCUAAAAAAUAAAUAUCAAAAAUGCUGUCAACCACCGCGCCCCCUGAAUUAGUUCUCCAAGGCUAUAGCCUAUAGCCAAGUUCUAAGUCCGGCCCUGUAUGCAUACAUAAAUACGCUAUGGCUAUAGUAAUAUCGUCUUUAACAUAAUAUGUGUACUGUGUAGGUACUAUAGUUACCUAUUAUGUAUAAAAUAUAUUUAAACACAUCGAAAAUAUAAAACAAUUAUUUUGAUUUAAAAAAUAUAAAAAUAUAUAUAAAUAUAUUUGGGUGAUGCUGAGAAUAAAAAGUUUCAAUAUGAAACCAAUUAUCGCAGUAACAGUCUUUACUAGUCGUCUUUAAUCUAUAAAAAUUUAAAACCUACAUUGAUUCAUAAUUUAGAUGUUAUGAUUUUUCUUAUUAAAAGGUUUUAAUUAAUUUUUCUUUUAAAGAGAAUGUUCAAAAUUAUGUGGACUUUCUUAAAAGUAAGUACAUUUUUGUUUGAUAACAUGAAUUUGUGCAUUAUGGAAAAUAUUUUUUAAUUUGCGUUGACAUUUUUUUAAUAAGGGAGAAAAAAAAGUCAGAAAAUGGUGAAAUUUGUUUUAUAACGGGAUUUGUUUUUUUUUUUUAUGUUAUUCAGUUAAAGAUAAUGUCGAAAAUAAAAAAUUCAAUGAAUACUUAUAGUGAGCCUUGUAAUUAACUUUUGGCCCUUUCUAUACAUAGUAUAAUUUUCAAAAUAUUUCAUAGAGAUUUUUAAAAUAUUUAUGGCUAUUUGAAAUUGUCUAGUAUUUUUUUUAAAUUUUAGUUUAGUUUUAUUUGGACCAAAUCAUUUUGACCCUUCAAAGAUCAUCGAAUAUUUAACACGAGGUUCAUAAGUUAUAUAUAGUGAUAAAAAAAAAAAAAAGCGUACUAUAGCAGUCGUUUUAUAACAUUUUGAGUUCAAAUGUUGAUUUAUAACGUAAAAAUAACAGUACUUAUUUCAAAACAUGUUUAACCGAACUUCAUUCAGUAUCAAUUUUUUUUGGUAUUAUUAUUUUAUUACUGUGUGAUUACCGUCCUUAAGGAAGUUUUUCAAUCUUAACUUAUAAAUAUGGAUACAUAUUAUAGUUUUUUUAGAACAAAUAGGCUUACUAGUUACCACAAACAUGUAAAUAUAUUAACAUUUAAAAUAGAUUACUUAAUGAUUCUAUAAAUAUUUAUUUAGCUAUUAAUUUAUAUAUAAUGGUACAAUCAUUGGGUAAGUAACUCAUAUUAGUUUUUAUAUAUACAUUACACAUUGAUGAAGUCACACUUCCAAUGAAGUGGCUCCUGUACUUAAUUUAAACACUUAAACGUACUUAAUUUAAACACUUAAACUAAGUCGUAUGGUUUCAGACGUUUAAGGCGUCUAAUGUCUCUUAAUUUAAACACUUAAACUAAGUCGUAUGGUUUCAGACGUUUAAGGCGUCUAAUGUCUUUUAAUUUAAACACUUAAACUAAGUCGUAUGGUUUCAGACGUUUAAGGCGUCUAAUGUCUUUGGUCAGACGUUUAAGGCGCCAUCAGGUCGUUUAAAUAAUAAAGCCCCAGGGCAUUUAAAAAAAAAAAAAAAAAAAAAAAAUAUUAGUUUUUAAAUGUUUUAUUUAUGAAGUAAACAAAAGAAGACUAGUAAAUAAUAACUGAAAAAAUUUAAAUCUGCAAAAUUAAAUUACUUCGCUACUAAAAUAUAUCUUGUUACUAUAAGGAUACCAGUUUACCAACUAACAAAUUUUCAAAAUUUUGCUCUAGUUUAAUCAUAACUAAAAUAUGAUCACCUAUAUUUAAAAGAACCUAUAUCAACUUUACUGGAUAAAUAAAAUUAGGUCUCAGCUCUAUUUUUAUAUUGUAUACUAAAAUUUAGCUAUGUUUUUUUUUUCUUUUUUUUAUGUCUAUGUAUAGUGUAAGUAGGAAAUUUCCAAGAUAAUAAUUAUAUUAUUUGCUUUUAUUUAAAUUAAUUUUGUCGUGAUAAUAUACCAAUAGGUACUUUCAUCUUCCACGCAAAAAUGGGCGUUAAUACUAAAAAUAUAAAUUGUGCUAUCAUAAUUAAUCAUUUUAUAAGAGUGAUCAGACACACAGUCAAAACUGUAAACAAUUUAUUCUUUGUGUACAUUUAUUGGUAUCAAUAAUAUUAAUUAAUUCAAUAGUAUACAAGUAUAAUGUCACAAAUUAUUUCAAGUAAAAAUCCAAAAAGGGGAAAUAUGGAUAUAUUAUACACCUAAAAGUGGAAGUAUCAAUUAAUUUAUUUGUAACUUUUGUAUUAUUAUUGAAAUGCCACAAGAAUAAAAUUUCAAGUGGCUUAAGUGGCUGCUUAAAUGCCCAAAAGAGCUUCAAGAGAAAUUUAAAAAAUUCAAAUCAAAAAUCCAUGGUUUGAAAUUUAUACAUUAUCGAAACCUACAAGUAUAAAUCACCAAAAUACUUGUGGAUGUUGUAGAAAUACUAUUAAUAAUAGUUAACAAAAUAAUACAAUUUUUAUUGUGUAACUAUUUAGACUCUCCAACUAGUAAGUAAUAAGAGUAAAUUCUGAGUUAUAGGUAAUUAUACAUGAUACCUAGGUUUUUAAAAUAUUCACCUAAUGAGUUUGUUGUUCAAGUGCUCAUAAAUGAUGUACAGACUUUUUGUCGAAAAAGUAAGUAGACAACAUUUGAUCAAAUUAUAUAACUCCAUUUAACUACAUAAUAUUUUACGAAAUUUAUCAUGUAUAUAACUGUAUUAGUUAUAUUAUUUUAAAUAUUUUGUACUAAAAUAAUUUGAUUUUUCAGCUUGUAUUGGUAAGAAAAAUGGAUUACAUAACCAUGUCUAA